AUGCAACCGAGAUCGGAGAUUGCGACAGACACGGUGGCUCAGCCGAAAUCUCCGAUUGAGCUUCUUCAAGAGAGCAAAUCCUCCGUCGAGUCAAUCGUCGCGAGAAUGCUUUCCAUCAAGAAAAACGGAAACCCCAAAUCCGAGAAUCGAGAACUCCUCACUCAGAUCUUUCUUAACUUCAUCAAUCUUCGUCAGGCGAAUCGUGAGAUUCUAACGGAGGAAGAGAAAGUGAAAGCAGAGACGGAGUUAGCAAAAUCUCCGGUUGAUUUAACGACAUUGCAGCUCCACAAUCUCAUGUAUGAGAAGAGACAUUACCUCAAAGCUAACAAGUCUUGCAGAGAUUUCAAUUCCAGGUAUCCCAACAUCGAUCUCAUAUCCGAACAAGAGUUCUUCAGGGAUGCUCCUGAAGCAAUCAAAUCUCAAACUCUUUCAAACGAUACUUCACAUGAUUUGAUGCUUAAGAGACUCAAUUUCGAGCUCCAUCAGCGGAAAGAACUAUGCAAGCUUCGAGCGAGCUUGGAACAACAUAAGAAGUGUCUGCUGGAAACUAAUGCAGAGCGUAAGAAGUUUCUGUCAAGUCUUCCAAUGCAUCUCAAGUCUCUAAAGAAAGUGUCGUUGCCAGUACAGAACCAGUUGAGUUUGCAGAAUCAAAAGAAGCUGAACCAUCAUAAUCUAGCUGAGCUUCUUCCUCCGCCUCUUUAUGUCAUAUACUCACAGUUUAUGGCACAAAAAGACGCUUUUGAAGAGAAUAUCGAUCUGGAGGUCUCUGGGAGCCUUAAGGAUGCUCAAACUUAUGCUCGGCAGCAAGCGGAACAAAACUCGGAGAGUCCAAGAUUGGAGGACGAUGGACAAAGGGAAAGAAAGCGACCUAAGAAAGAUGGUUAUGAGGAGGCAGCACUACUUUAUCAAGUUCAUCCUCUCAAAGUCGAACUUCACGUUUAUGAUGAUGAUGAGAUUCCGGAUCCAAAAUCCCAUAAACUUGUCGUGCUCAAGUUCGAAUACUUGUUGAAGUUGAAUGUUGUAUGUGUUGGCAUUGAAGAGUCUCAGGAUGGAUCAGAGAAAAAUACCCCCCUAUGCAACUUAUUUCCAGAUGAUGAUGGACUUGAGCCUCCUCAUCAGUCAGCCAAGCUCAUUCUCGGCAAUGAUCAUGCAUUUGAUGAGAGCAGAACAUCGAGGCCGUAUAAGUGGGCACAACAUUUGGCAGGGAUUGAGAUAUUACCUGAAAUGUCACCAUUUUUAACUGACAAGGAUGCUCAAAACAGCGAUACAGCUAAAGGCUAUGGUUCUCCAUCUGAUCAGCACAAUGUGCAAACUGUUCUGCAAAGAAUACGGUCCCAGAAAAAAUAA